AUGCUGCGCAGUUUGCUGCUUGUUGUCUGCGUCUCCUACACGUUAGCCGUAAUUUGCUAUGAUUGUUAUGACACUGGUCCAAAUCAUACGGCUUGUACAAAAGAACGGAACUGUACUGGAUUAGCGUGCAUGAUCUUUGACGCCGGAAACAAUGCCACAUCGACAGCGUUUUGCUUACUAGCGAUGAGAGGUGAUGAGAACAUCCAUCAAAAGACAGGUUGUUGGUUGGAGCCGGACGGUCGUGGCAGGCACUGCAUGUGCCAUGACGAUUUCUGCAAUCGGCUCAUUCCCCAAUCUGAGCAAUCUCAAAAUCCCAUGUUCCCACUCCUACCAGAUGCCCAAUUUCUCAAGCACAAUCCACUUCUAGACUAUCAAGAUCAUCUUGAGGAAUCUAGUGAGCACAACGGUGCCGCCCCAGCUCCGGAAAAUAUCCUGUUUCCGGCGGCGGCCGUAACAGAUCCAAAGACAGCAGGAGGAUCGGAUGAUGACGAUUUGGUACCAGUAGACUUUGCUGAGUAUGAUCGAGAACUGUCAGAGAAUGAUUCCAAGUCAGGGAAGACCGCUGCAUCAGCUCAUCCGCCGGCGCUGGUACUGAUGUCGAUGACCUUGGCUACGUCAUGGGCCCGUCUAUUCGCUUACAUCUAA